GUUUGCUCCUUUGGAGAUUAAAAGGAUUCCGAAUUCCGAUCAGUCCCAAUAACCGGCGUUCCGAGAGGCGGCAAAGCAGAGAAAGAAGGGGACACGCGCGCGCACGCUGCCCCCUAUUCAGGGGAGUUGUGCAAAAAUAAAACCCAAAGCAACCCAGGAAACCAGGGCACCGGGAGAGCUAGAGCCCGGUAGGCGCAGCGUAGCCGGGGCCACCCGCGUCCCCGCUCGGCGACUCGUUUGCAGGAGGAUGACGCAGGCGGGAGCCGCGGGCAGCGUUGGCCACGCGGCUCCUGAAGUGGCCGUGCGGGUCCCUCGCCGGCUCCUCUGAUUCCAGCACGCCCGGGAGGGAGGCUCCGUUCCCGAGGCUCCGGGAUUGCAGGGGGGACCCGAGCGAGGGUGAAAUGGCCCGAUGACAAAGGAAAUGUGAUCCACCCCCUUCGCUGCCCAGGUUUCGGAGAGGACGACCGUGAGGAGGAGGGGCGCGCGGCGCGCGCGGAACGCGGAUAGCAUUGCACGACGGCCCCGCGCGGAGCGGGCGGCGGGUACAUCCAAUAUCUUCCCGCCGAUGAAUAAUUCAGGGCGGCCCGCGGGGACCUGCGGCCCCGCGCGGCGGAGCGCCUGAGGCCGGAGAAGGGUCGGAGCGCGCGCGAGAGAGAGCGAGGAGGGCCGAGGACACGCGGGCGCCGGGCCGCGUGGGGCGCGCGUGCGUGUAAGCGCACAGAGACCGCGGCCCGGCCGGGCUGCGCAGAGGCGCGGAGUGCGUGGAGCGCGCGUGCGUACUUGUGGCACGCGUGCUUCCGCGGGCCGGAGGCCCCCGCACGAGGUGCAGCUGCGCGCUCGAGCCGACCGCGCCGCUGGGGAGGCUGCGUCUCGGCCGCCACGCAGGAGCUCCUGCCGCCGCGUCAUGCGGCGGGGCGGCCGGCGUCGCGCGCGGGGACUCGGGCUGCUGCUGCUGCUGCUGCCACUUCGGGGCGUUCUCCCCUCCCUCCAGGAGACUCAAUCCGUUUAGCCCGGGGCAAAGGAAAAAAAAAAAAAAAAGGCAAGCAACACACACAAGACUCGUCGGGACCAAAUCCUUUUUGCGCCUCGGGGACUGGAUUCCACGGCGGACUUUGGGACUUUGGCGGGCGCUCGCUUGGUACGGAGUGGCGGUGCAUGCCCUCCGUGCCGAGGUGGCCCGGGGUUCGCCUCCACCGCGCCCUCGAUGCGCUCUGCUGAGUGAGCCGCGCGCCCCCCUCCUCCUCGCCGCACGCCCUCUUCCCUCCGGCCCGCCUUCAAAUGGCUUCGUUCCCCGAGACCGACUUCCAGAUCUGCCUGCUGUGCAAGGAGAUGUGCGGCUCGCCCGCACCGCUCUCCUCCAGCUCGUCCGCCUCGUCGUCGUCCUCGCAGACGUCCACGUCGUCCGCGGGCGGCGGCGGCCCCGGGGCGGCGGCGCGGCGUCUGCACGUCCUGCCCUGCUUGCACGCCUUCUGCCGGCCGUGCCUCGAGGCGCACCGGCUGCCCGCUCCGGGUGGCGCCGGCCCCACCGAGGCGCUGAAGCUGCGUUGUCCCGUGUGCGACCAGAAAGUGGUCCUGGCCGAGGCGGCGGGCAUGGACGCGCUGCCGUCGUCCGCUUUCCUGCUCAGCAACCUGCUGGACGCCGUGGUGGCGACCGCCGACGAGCCGCCGCCCAAGAACGGGCGCGCGGGCGGAGGCCCUGGGGGAGCGGGCGGCCACAGCAACCACCGGCACCACGCGCACCACCCGCCCCAGCGCGCCGCCGCUCCAGCGCCGCCGCCGCCGCCCGGCCCGGCCGCCUCUCCCGCGGCGCUCCUGCUGCGCCGACAGCACGGCUGCAGCUCGUGCGACGAGGGCAAUGCCGCCUCGUCGCGCUGCCUCGACUGCCAGGAACACCUGUGUGACAACUGUGUGCGCGCGCACCAGCGCGUGCGCCUCACUAAGGACCAUUACAUCGAGCGCGGCCCGCCCGGGCCGGCGGCCGCCUCCGCGGCUCAGCAGCUGGGGCUCGGGCCGCCCUUCGCCGGCGCGCCCUUCUCCAUCCUUUCGAUGUACCCAGAUCGUCUCGGCUUCUGCCAGCACCACGACGAAGAGGUCCUGCAUCUUUACUGCGACACCUGCUCUGUUCCCAUCUGCAGAGAGUGCACACUGGGCCGUCAUGGGGGCCACAGCUUUGCCUACCUCCAGGAUGCCCUCCAGGACUCCCGGGCACUCACCAUCCAACUGCUGGCUGAUGCCCAGCAAGGCCGCCAAGCUAUCCAACUGAGCAUCGAGCAGGCCCAGACUGUGGCAGAACAGGUGGAGGUGAAGGCGAAGGUGGUCCAGUCGGAGGUCAAGGCUGUGACAGCCCGCCAUAAGAAAGCCCUGGAGGAGCGUGAAUGUGAACUGUUGUGGAAGGUGGAGAAGAUAAGGCAGGUGAAGGCUAAAUCUCUGUACCUGCAGGUGGAGAAGCUUCGUCAAAACCUCAACAAGCUAGAUAGCACCGUCAGUGCCGUCCAGCAGGUCCUGGAAGAGGGCCGGGCCCUGGACAUCCUGCUGGCCCGAGACCGGAUGCUGGCCCAAGUGCAAGAGCUCAAGGCCAUCCGGAGCCUCCUGCAGCCGCAGGAAGAUGACCGAGUUAUGUUCACACCCCCUGACCAGGCCUUGUACCUGGCCCUCAAGUCUUUUGGCUUUGUCAGCAGUGGAGCGUUUGCCCCGCUCACAAAGGCCACAGGAGACGGCAUUAAGCGAGCCCUUCAGGGCAAAGUCGCCUCCUUCACUGUGAUGGGCUAUGAUCAUGAUGGCGAGCCUCGCCUCUCGGGAGGCGACCUGAUGUCAGCUGUGGUCCUGGGCCCCGAUGGCAACCUGUUUGGUGCAGAAGUGAGUGAUCAGCAGAAUGGGACUUAUGUGGUGAGCUACCGGCCCCAGCUUGAGGGUGAGCACCUGGUGUCGGUGACACUGUGCAACCAGCAUAUCGAGAACAGCCCCUUCAAGGUAGUGGUCAAAUCAGGCCGCAGCUAUGUGGGCAUCGGGCUCCCCGGGCUGAGCUUCGGCAGCGAGGGUGACAGUGAAGGCAAGCUGUGCCGGCCCUGGGGCGUGAGUGUGGAUAAGGAGGGUUACAUCAUCGUGGCCGACCGCAGCAAUAACCGCAUCCAGGUGUUCAAGCCCUGCGGCUCCUUCCACCAUAAAUUUGGUACCCUAGGUUCCCGGCCUGGGCAGUUUGACCGACCAGCUGGGGUGGCCUGCGAUGCUUCCCGCAGGAUCGUAGUGGCCGACAAAGACAAUCAUCGCAUUCAGAUCUUCACCUUUGAGGGCCAGUUCCUCCUCAAGUUUGGUGAAAAGGGAACCAAGAACGGGCAGUUUAACUACCCUUGGGAUGUAGCAGUGAAUUCUGAGGGCAAGAUCCUGGUUUCAGACACCCGAAACCACCGCAUACAGCUGUUUGGGCCUGAUGGGGUCUUCCUGAAUAAGUAUGGCUUCGAGGGGUCUCUCUGGAAGCACUUUGACUCUCCACGGGGUGUGGCUUUUAACCAUGAGGGUCACCUGGUAGUCACCGAUUUCAACAACCACCGGCUUCUGGUCAUUCACCCUGAUUGCCAAUCAGCACGCUUCUUGGGCUCAGAGGGCAGCAACAAUGGACAGUUUCUCAGACCACAGGGUGUAGCCGUGGACCAAGAAGGGCGAAUCAUUGUGGCCGAUUCCAGAAAUCACCGGGUGCAGAUGUUUGAGGCCAACGGCAGCUUCCUGUGCAAGUUUGGUGCUCAAGGCAGUGGCUUUGGGCAGAUGGACCGCCCCUCAGGUAUUGCGGUCACCCCAGACGGAUUGAUCGUCGUGGUGGACUUUGGCAACAAUCGAAUCCUCAUCUUCUAAUCGAAUCUUCUGGGUUUCUGUGUUUAGGGUGUGCAUGUGUGCGUCUCUCGUUUUUUUUUGUUUUUGUUUUUUUAAUUUCAAAGAAGAAAUCAUCUCAGGGAUAUUUCUUUUUCUUUUUCUCCCCUUUUUUAUUUUUUAAAAGAGAACAAAAGUACAACAUUGCAUAAUUCCUACCUCAGCUUUUUUUUUUUUCCCCCAGAUGAAUGUAAUUCUCUUUGUGCAGGGAUUGAGCCUGUGAAGUGAUAAUUUCUAUCUACCUCAAGUCUUUCAUACCUUCUCCAGCAGCCCUCUUUGCCCCUCCACGGAGCUCACAUUCCCUUUUCUCUUGAGGGUAUGGAAUGCACAGGCCAGCGCUCCUGCAACCUCGAGGGCACCGGAAGCAUAUGGUGGGGUGCAUUUUGUGGAUUGAGCCAAGGAAACCCAAAAAUAACUACUAAGUAAAAAAACGUAUAAGAUGUUGGAAAGAUAGGAUUUAAAAUUCAUACUUCUAGUGUAUGUGUGUUCUUGAAUACUGUGUGUGGGGUUAGGUUGUUUGGUUUGAUCUUUUGGGGAAGAUUUUCUUUUUCUUUUUUCAGUGCUGCAGCAGAGCUUUCCUCUGUUCUUGGGUUACCUCAGAGUCUAACAUCUUCAUCCUAGGAGGGCUGUGGCUUGCUAGCCAAGAAAGCAGACCAUUCAUAUUUUAGGUGUCUGGUCUUUGUUUCUGCUUAGGAAGGGUGUGUGUGUGUGUGUGUGUGUGUGUGUGUGUGUGUGUGUGUGUGUGUGUGUGUGUGUGUGUGUUUCAAAGCCAUCUUCGCCUGGGGGAAAAGCUGGACUUGACACAUGGCAUCCCAGGGAACCUUUUCCCAGUUUGCUCUCUAAGAAAUAGAUUUAGCUCAGGACUCUCGGUUGAAAGUGUUCUCAAGUUAAGUUUCCGUGUUUUGUUGUUUAUAAAGACUUAGAUAUAAGCAAAUAAGUUAACCUUGUUCUCAGAGGGGCUUUUCAGAUGUGGGCCGGGGUGCCACAGAAGAGGGGGGUGUUGGAGAAGUGAGGCACCCCACAUCAGGGAUUGUCAGAAGGUGGAAUCCCGUCCCAAGAGUGAACGUCUACAAGAGUGUAUAGUAGGCAAAGGGAUAAACUUUUAUUUGAAAAAGCACAAUUUUUUUCCUGCUUUGGAAGUUCAGGGACUAUAGAAGAAUGUUUGAAUGACAGGUAGGAGUACCCCAUCCCCACCCCCUUGGCUCAGGUCUCUUUCUCAGGAUCCUACCUGAGUGGAGUUAGACCUCAAGGUUAACUGAACCCCACUCCCUCCCCCAAAGGCCUUUGAAUGUAAAGCAUUUGUAGACCAAAUCCCCCCUGACCCGAAGUGCAGGACACAAUAUAU